CGAGGCGCAUUUUGUGGACGAGGCGACCGUCAGUCACGCCCUGAGAGCCUACCUGAAGGAGGCCGACAAGGAUAAGACAGAGAAGGAUGACGAGAACGCCCUCAAGCGGAAGCUGAACAAGACGAAACAAAAGAUGAGCCAGGACACUGCGGCCCGCGGCGCGGCAGUGAAGGCCGGGGGCGAGGAUCCCCUUGGCGUGGGCCCCGACUACAAGGGCUUCAGGCUGCAGGUGCCCGUGACGCUGGAGGGAUCGAAGGCUCUGAUGCACCACUACCUGAUGAACGGGGACAAGAACCCGCUGCACCCGAAGUACGUGGCCUACCUCACCACGGAGUUCACUGCGGCAUACAAGACCAAGCACCCCAAGGCCGUUGUGCAGGUAGACACCCCGAAGCCGGGCAAGCUAAUGAUCGUCGGCGACACACACGGGCAGCUCGCGGACGUGUUGCACAUCUUCCACCAGCUUGGCCCGCCGGCCGACAACAACAGGUACCUCUUCAACGGGGACAUAGCUGACCGAGGAAACCAGGCCGUUGAGAUCUUAAUGAUCCUCUACUCUUUCUUCCUCGCGGAGCCGAACAGCAUCGUCAUCAACCGCGGGAAUCACGAGAACGAGGACAUGAACGCCCUCGACCAAGACAGCGGCGGCGGCUUCUCCGACGAGGUGAUGCGGAAGUACGGCCUUGUGCAAUACCGCCGCUUCCUCAGCGCCUUCAAGGCCCUGGGCCUCUGCUCCGUGGUGGAGAAGGAGAUCUUCGUCGUCCACGGAGGCCUCACGCGGGUGAAGUCUCUCUCGAUAGACUACAUCAACUCCAUAGAACACGGCGACUGCACCGCGCCGCACCCCAUGUCCACGAACAUUAAGGACCAGAUCUUCUCGGACCUGAUCUGGAGCGACCCCACGGAACAGCAGGGAAAGUACAAGUCUGAGCGGGGCAUCGGCAUCAAGUUCGGGCCUGACAUCACGACCAAGUUUUGCAUGCAGAACCGCUUGAGGUUCGUCGUCCGAAGCCACCAGGUGCCGCACGACGGGCACGGCUACCUGAAGCAACACGAGGGCCGCUGCGUGACCAUCUUCAGUGCCAGCAACUACUGCGGCAACGGCGGCAACUACGGGGCCGUGCUUGCCUUGGCGUCGGAGC